AUGGCUUCUCCACUGAUGGCGCCUCAAAUAAUGCAUUCCUGGUUCCCGUGGACGCAAAAGCCACUCAUCCUUAGCGCGCCCAUGUACGGGGUCUCCAAUGCGACUUUGGCAGUAGAGGUGUCCAAGGCGGGCGGAUUCGGCAUUAUACCGGCCGGGUUCAACUUCAGCCCCGGACAUCCCCAGGUGGUCGCUUUGGAGGCGGAACUCAUCCUGGCGCGGAAACUCCUGGGCAUGACCAGCGAGCCGGGCAAACAGAUGCCCGUCGGUGUCGGGUUCAUCACCUGCCACGAAACAGUCGCCCACUUCAGUGAAACGGUGCUGCCUCUGCUGGAAGAGCACAAGCCCGCGGCCGUCUGGCUUUUCGCGCCGGACCCAGCGUCGCGUGUGCGCGCUCAUCCAGAUAUUAUCCGCCGCCUUCAUGAGAGUGGGAUCAAGGCCAUUGUUCAGGUCGGCAGCGUGGCCGCGGCACGAGAAGCCAUCCAGGAUGGCAGCGACAUCAUCGUGGCCCAGGGCACAGAUGCGGGAGGUCACCAGUUCGCGCUCGGGGCGGGGCUGAUGACGCUCGUUCCUGAGAUUAGAGCGAUGAUGCAGGCAGAGUUCCCUGCUCGUCAAGUCGGUCUCGUGGCUGCAGGAGGAAUCAUGAAUGGUGGCGGUGUUGUCGCUGCACUCGCGCUAGGCGCCGAGGCUGUUGUACAAGGCACAAGAUUUAUCGUGGCGAGAGAGUCGACCGCGUCGGAGUCGUACAAGGGCACAGUUCUCAGAGCGCGCGAUGGCGGCGCCAUAACCAUCAAGUCGACGAUUCACGACGACAUCCAGGGGACGCCCAUCUGGCCGAGCCUUUACGACGGACGAGCCAUCAUGGGAGACUCGUAUCACGAUCAUGAAGCCGGCCUUUCGAUGGCGGAGAACAUCAAGAAGUACCAGGACGCGAAGCAGUCGGGCGACGUGUCUCGAUCAAUUACGUGGUGCGGAACCGGCGUUGGCCUUGUAAAUGACGAAAUGACGGUAAAGGACAUGCUCAACACGCCUUGCUACUAUGAACCGCGCUCCAACUCACCUAGCACGGCCCCUUCCGAUUCUCCCGAUUUGAUAGCGACGCGAUCGUCGAGCGAGUCCAGGACGGUAGACGCUUGGACGACUCUCGAGUACAGCUCUCACGAACCCGAUGCUCUAUCGAGGAGGCUCAAGCUUGACUGGCGCCAGACGGCGUCGCUGUACUUCCAGACCGUUCACCCUUGGUUCAGCAUUCUGCGCCAAGACAAGUUCGAAGAGGCCCUCCUCCGGCUCCAGUACGCGGGCGUACAAAGCGAAAGAGGAUAUCACGACACAAAUUCUAGUCCGCAGGAUGACGCCUACGAGUUGCUAAUCAUCUGCAUGCACCUUCUCACCACGACAGCACAUACCCACGGAGACGACGAUAUCAUCGUCAACCCCCUCUACCAAAACGCCAAGCAACGGUUUGCCUCCGUCUCAUACCUAUCAGAUCCGACUUUGGAGUGGAUUCAGGCUGGACUCUUAAUAUCGCUCUUCGAGUUUGGAAAUGGCAAGACCAAGCUGGCCUAUCGGAGCUUGAGCGAGACAGCCACCCUCGCUCGACUAGCUGGAGUCAACCCCGGACAGUACCAAAAGGACCUACACUCGGAAUUCGACGUGGACGCUGAGUGCCGGCGAGCUCUCUGGUGGGGCAUCUUUAUCCUUGACCAAUUUGCCCACCUAGAUCCCGCCCUCAGAAAUUUGCCGAGCCUAUCCAGCAGCCCCGACAAUGAUGCCCUGCUUCCUACUGCGGGCGUAGUUGUGGAUGGCGACCGCCUCCAAAGUUACGUCGUCAACUUGCCUGUCAGUGCGCCCGUCUCCAUCGCCCUCGGCGGGUUCCAGAGGGCUGCCCAAGCAGCUACCGUGCUGUACCAAGCUCGCGAAUGGGACAGGAGAGUUCGGCAAGGCGACGCCGACCGCGGUGUCUCUAGCUUUGAGGACCUAGACGGGAGGAUACGAGCACUCCUCGAUGCCAUGCUUAACCAGUGCCACAGGUGGGAAGUCUUUUGUGACGCGCUUGCCAUGUGUAUAAGCUCCCUCUUUGUGUUAUACGGGCCAUACCUCCCACGUCAGUCGAUUUCAGCCCCGCCACCCCAAGACACGACAAGCUGCGACGAGGCAAAGGCCGUCGCAGCAAUAGGGUUCGCGGUCAAGUUUGUUGGCGACCUGGCGGUCAACUUCAACUCCCAGAUAAGCCAGCAUGCCCUGCGAUUAGCGAACCUCGCACCGCCCGCCCCGUUUGCUUGCUUUCUGGCCGUCGAGCAUAUGCACGUCGUCGAGGGAGACCUGCCAGACCCCAGCGAGCGGUACCUGGAGAUAUUUGAGACGUUGAAGACUUUUGGCAAACGCUGGAAAGUCGCAGCCGAUUUGCUCGACCUAGCCCUUGUACGGAGCAGGUCAGUAGACGUGUCUGAUAAUUGA